AUGGCAGAAUUUAAACCUAUAUUUCUUUCUAAAGAAGAGAGAGCAAAACUCAAAAAAGAACUAGAAGAAACCCAAAAAGUUCCUCAGCCUGCUUCAAAGCCUCGUUCCCGCUCUCCACGAAAAGAAGAAAAAUCAAUCCCAGUCAAUCAUGAAUUUGAUUCUAUUAAAUCUAGAUAUUUAGGCCAAAAUAAGCCAGCCCCUACUAUUCAAAAACCCAGUGAAAAAUUCAGACAGGUUUUUAAAUUUGAAUGAGACCCAACUGAGGACACAACUUUUAUUGAAAAUUCUCUAAAUCCUGAAAGAAUUCCAUUUGGCAUCAAAUCUAAACAAAAUAGCAGAGAUAUAGUUAGCGAAGAAAUAAAAGAAGAAAAUAAGCAUGCUUCUUUAAUGACAGACAGAGACUGGAAAAUCUUUAGAGAAAAUAAUGAAAUUUAUGUGAGAGGGCAAAACAUCCCACCUCCAAUAAGGACUUGAAGUGAAUCAAAUUUAAGCCAGGAUUUAUUAAGCGCUAUCAGACGAGCCGGAUAUGCAAGUCCACUACCUAUACAAAUGCAAGCUAUCCCUAUAGGCCUCCAACGAAGCGAUUUAAUAGCUUUAGCACCUACUGGCAGUGGAAAAUCAGCAGCUUACUUAAUUCCUAUGAUUUCUACCAUAGCAAAAUUCCCAAAAAUAAAUGAUCAAACCGCAUUAGAUGGGCCUUAUGGCAUUAUUUUAUCUCCUACACGUGAGCUUGCUCAACAAAUCCAUCAAGAAGCCACAAAGCUUACAAAAUCCUCUGACAUAAAAUGCUAUUGCUUACUAGGAGGCAAGGACUUAGAAAUCCAAUCAGCUGAGUUAACAAGAGGCUAUGAAAUAAUUAUAGCAACGCCUGGCCGAUUUUUGGAAUGCUUACAACACCAAUAUUUAGUCCUUAAUCAAUGCUUAUGGGUUGUUAUUGAUGAAGCCGACAAAAUGAUUUUAUUAGAGCUUCAAGAGACCCUUGAUAAAAUUUUGAAUUGUAUUCCAAAAGAAUUAUGAAAAGAAAAUAAUGAAAAUGAAGAAAAUAAAACUUAUAAGCUUACUUUUAAUUUAUUUUCUGCCACUAUGGAUAGUGAAAUUGAAAAUUUAUGAAAAAAAUAUUUAAAAAAUCCUGGGUAUGUAUCUAUUAAAGAGCCUGGGACUGGGUCAUCAAAAAUUACACAAAGUUUAAAAUUUUUAAGAGAAAAUGAUAAAAGAAGGGAAAUUAAAAGAAUUUUAGAAAAAGCAAAACCACCGAUUAUUGUUUUUGUAAAUCACAAAAAUGAAGCUGAUGAGUUAUCGAGAUUUUUGCAAAAAUUUGGGUGAAGAGUUGGGUGUUUGCAUGGUGGCAAAAACCAAGAAGCAAGAGAGGCUACAAUGGAAGGGUUCAGAAGUCACAAAUUCCAAAUAUUAGUGACUACAAAUUUAGCGUCUCGUGGGAUUGAUGUCAAAGAUUUACAGCUUGUAAUUAAUUAUGAUUGCCCUACAACAAUUACUGACUAUGAGCAUAGAAUUGGUAGGACUGGUAGAGUAAAUAACUUAGGGAAGGCGAUAACCUUUGUAACUCCUCAAGAUGAAGAAAUGUUUGCCCCAUUGAAAAGCUUUUUAGAAAACAAUUCCCAAGUAAUUCCUCAUGAAUUAGCAAACCAUCCCAGACUUAAAAAUGGUGAUGACAUAAUAUUGAAUUAA